AUGUCCUUGAAGAUACUCCUCUUCUUCCCCUCGUCUCUCCGUCCCUCCCAGCGUGACAUGGCUCCCUCGCAUCGGAAGCUUCAGCUCGACUACUUACCUCCACCGAGGAAGGUGUCUUGGCGGAAAACCUUCAAGAAAGACGUUCAUCAAAGGCUGCGGAAGCUUGCGGGAGUUCGGGAUGCGAUGCCCUCGCGUCGCCCCCGGUCCUUGGCGGUAUCCGUGCGCAACAGCAGGCCGAUGACACCUUCUCAGAGGAUCGACUCCCUCCCUUCUUUUACGAAGGUCCUGCUGGAGAGUGAUAUUCCUGAGCUUCUAGAGUGCCGUGGCUCAAACAAGAACGGAUGUUCCGCUGUCGAGCGGUGGUCUCUCUUAGAAGCUCGCUGA